AUGAACUAUAACGGCCAAAGAGAGUUUGAGUUCGGCUCUGGUAACACCAGAAUCGACCCUGCUGUGCGCAAAGAAUUGCCCAUCGGGGCCAAAGUCACAGCGACGGAAGGCUUCGAUGUGAGCUUUUGGGCCAAGACGGGGCGUAUCGAUAUAGAACUGCAAGAUGGCUCGCCUCAGUCGUAUUUCAUCAAGGUGGUAUCCGCGGAUCUAGGCAAAAACAUGGUCAUGGGCGAAUUUGAAUCGAUGGAGACAAUGUAUCGUGCCGCCCCAGACUUCAUUCCACGACCUGUCGCAUGGGGCCAAUAUGCCGAGGUGCCAGAUACAUAUUUUCUCUUGGACGAGUAUCGCGAUAUGAUUGACGACAUGCCCGAUCCAACGAAUUUCGCUUAUUGGCUUGCAAAGCUGCAUCAACGAAACCCAUCCCCGUCUGGCAAAUUUGGGUUCCACAUGACUACGUAUGCUGGCAAUUUGCCUCAGUGGGUUGAGUGGGAGGAUAGCUGGGAGACCUUUUUUGCCAAGAGCAUGCAGUACGCUUUGAGCUUGGAGAUUGAAAGAAAAGGUCAAAGUGCAGAACUUUCUGCAUUGUCCGAAACACUGUUUGACAAAGUGAUCCCUCGCCUUUUGCGACCUCUGGAGAGUGAUGGAAGAUCGGUAAGACCAUCGCUAGUUCAUGGCGAUUUAUGGUAUCGCAAUUCUGGAAUCGAUGUCAACAAUGGCCAGCCCCUCGUCUUCGAUGCUUGUUGCUUCUAUGCUCAUCACGAGUACGAGUUCGGCCAAUGGCGACCGCCGUGUAACAGAUUCGGGGAGGAAUACAUCGCAGCCUACGUUUCACAGCAGCCAAUCUCCGAGCCAGUGGAGGAUUUUUUCGGUCGAUUAGAUCUCUACAGACUGCGCUUCGAUACCCACGUUUCAGCCCUCUUUUUCGAGAAUGCUGACCUGAGAAAACAGGUCAUUGAUGUCAUGCGCGAUCUCGUUGAAAGAUACGGAGCUACAUCUGCAGAAAUCGGCUGGCAGGAUACAGCAAUGUGA